AUGGACUAUGGUGAUUCAUGUAACAAUGAACCUGUAACAGUGUACCAUGAAUCCACAAUUGAACGAGUAUCAACUGUUCACUUGAAGAGUGGACCAAACCAACAGUCAGCAGCUGAAGUUACACCACCAGCUCCAGUAGAAAAGAAAAAAUCAAUUCCCACCAUUCAACCAAGCACUAGAAAGAAAUCAAGUUCUCCUGUUCGAGCAGAAAGCAUACCAUGUCCAGUAGAAAAGAUACUAUGUCCAGGAGAAAAAAAACCAUGCCUUCCCAUCCCACCAUGUGCAAAUAAAAAAGCGGACAAAAGUGAACCAUGUAUAAAAUACAAAAAGCCAUGUACUACUGUCCCAGUAUGUUCACAGAAAAAACCAGGUGGUUCAACUUCACCAGAACAUAAAAAAUCAGGUGCUACCGCUACUUCAGGUUCACCAGAACGUAAAAAAUCAGGUGCUGCCGCUACUUCAGGUUCACCAGAACGUAGAAAAUCAGGUGCUGCCGCUACUUCAGGUUCACCAGAACGUAGAAAAUCAGGUGCUUCAGCUUCACCAGAUCAGAAGAAAAAAGGUGAACUCCCACCAUGCCCACCACAAGAAGAGAAAAAAAUAGAUGAAAAGGCCAAGCCAUGUCCGGAAAAGAAAAGAUCAGAUUCCGACAUCCCGCCCUGUCCAAAAUCAGAAGCAGAAUCUGCGUCACGUUCAGCUGAAGAGCGAAAGUCAGAUUCUGAAAAGGGAGAGCCCGAUGCUGGAAAGAGAAAGUCGGUUGCUGAAAAGGGAGAGACCGAUGCUGAAAGGAGAAAGUCGGAUGCUGAAAGAAGAAAGUCGGAUGCAGAAAGGAGAAAGUCGGGUGCUGAAAAGGGAGUGACUGAUGCUGAAAGGAGAAAGUCGGGUGCUGAAAAGAGAAAGUCGGAUGCUGAAAAGGAAAAGUCGGAUGCUGAUCUUGGCCCACCAGGUUCGCCAAUAAGGAAGACAUCAGGAGAGAAUGACGAGCUUGAGGAAUGUCCACUUAGUGAUGAUGAAGGUGACACAGAAGGAAUAGUUGAGACAAGUUCACCCAUCCUUGUUCCAAGUUCACCCGUCCUUUCUCCGCGUUCUCUUUUUACUUCCGAUUACGCUGAGAAAGAUACAAGUGUGUCAUCCACAAAAUCAAUGGAGGAAUCAUCACGAUCUCUACCCCCGGAGAAAGAUGAGACAAAGGAACCUGAUAUUCCAGACUCACCGAAGGCAGAAAAAAAGCCAGAAAUCUCUGAAGAUAUCCCAGAAAAACCUGAAGAAAAAGCCGAGCCAGCAGCUUCUGAUGAUGUUCAAAGUCCAGCUGCUAGGGAAGAUUCUCCCAGCCCAUCUCAACAGAAGGGUGAAUCCAUUGAGCAGCUACCCACCAUUGUAGAUGAAGGGUUUAAAAUGGUGUAUGGAAGAAUUGAUGAAUUAGGAUCCAAGAUGGAUGGUCUCAUAGACAGUAUUAAAACUCUUGCUGAUGUUGUGAACCGCGAACAGGUUUCAGGCUCAGAACAGGAACCGCCAAAGGAAGAUGAAACUGCAUAA